UUUGUCUUCGCUUCGUUUACCUUUGGUGCUGAGCUUUACUUUGUCGAGAUAAAUGCAGAGUUUAAGCGCAUUACCACCAUGCCACUGCAGUCCAGAUUACUCUCGCAGAUAGAUGUGCUAUCUGACAAACUAAUAAAGGUCUUCAAAAGGCGAGGAGGACAAAGAGGAAGAAGACUUCAGAACAUUCUGGAGCCCACGGCCCAGGCCGCAGAUGAAGCCAUUAUCCAACGAUCUAAUAAGGAAACAACCAUGGGAAUUUACAUCAUAAAGUCAAGAGAUACCAAUGGCAGCCCUGAGGACAUCGGGAUAGUCCUUGAAGGCCAGAGAGUCUGGCAGGAUUUGGAUAACUAUACCCUAGCAGCUGCAAUGCUGUUUGGACUAAUGUACACUUUGAACCUCACCUACCCACUGGAAAAGUAUACCUUGAGCAGCAUCUGCUCUGGCAGGGUGAAGAUCUUCCACAGUGGACGGUGUGGCACAGUGUGUGAUGAUUUGUGGGACCUGAAUGAUGCCAACGUGGUGUGCAGACAGCUGGGCUGAGGAAGCGCUCGUUCAGCACCACAAAAUGCAGCUUUUGGAGAGGGCAGCGGACCCAUCUGGUUGGACGAUGUAGGAUGUUUUGGAAAUGAACCAUCAGUAACUGACUGCAGACACAACGGGCUUGGAGACCACAACUGUGGACACCAUGAAGAUGCCCGUGUUGUAUGUGAACAGGCCAACACAGCAGUCGAGGGGGAGGUCCACCUGGUUAAUGGAAACAGCUCCUGCUCUGGCAGGGUGGAGAUCUUCCACAGUGGACAGUGGGGCACAGUGUGUGACGAUGCCUGGGGCCUGGUGGAUGCUCAGGUGGUGUGUAGACAGCUGGGCUGUGGCAGGGUCUUCUCAGCACCAAAAAAUGCACGAUUUGGACAGGGAAACGGACCCAUCUGGUUGGACAAUGUUGCAUGCAUAGGCAAUGAAUCAAAGCUCUCUGAGUGUCCCCACAGAGGGUUUGGAUUGCAUAACUGUGGCCACUCUGAGGAUGCUGGUGUCGUCUGUGAAGGUAAAUAUGAACCUGCUUCAUCAGUGAGGCUGGUCAACGGUCAGAACCGCUGCUCUGGCAGAGUGGAGAUCUUCAAUGAUGGACAGUGGGGCACAGUGUGUGAUGAUUUGUGGGACCUGAAUGAUGCCAGUGUGGUGUGCAGACAGCUGGGCUGUGGGAGCGCUCGUUCAGCACUGCAAAGUGCAGCUUUUGGAGAGGGCAGCGGACCCAUCUGGUUGGACAAUGUAGCAUGUUUUGGAAAUGAAUCAUCAAUAACUGACUGCAGACACAACGGCCUUGGAGUCCACGACUGUCGUCAUAACGAAGAUGCCAGCAUCAUCUGUGAAGAUCAAGCAGGAAUCAACAGCACUGUUUUUCCAACAACACCAAGGCCGCAGAACUUCACCACCACACAUGUGCCCGCUAACAUCACUACCACAACACCAGUGGGCAACAGCACAGCAGUCGAGGGCGAGGUCCGUCUGGUUAAUGGAAACAGCUCCUGCUCUGGCAGGGUGGAGAUCUUCCACAGUGGACAGUGGGGGACGGUGUGUGACGAUGACUGGGGCCUGGUGGAUGCUCAGGUGGUGUGUAGACAGCUGGGCUGUGGCAGGGUCUUCUCAGCACCAACAAACGCGCGAUUUGGACCGGGCAACGGACCCAUCUGGUUGGAUGAUGUUGCAUGCACAGGCAGCGAAUCAAAGCUCUCUGAGUGCCGCCACGAAGGGUUUGGAUCUCAUAACUGUGCCCACUCUGAGGAUGCUGGUGUCGUCUGUGAAGCUGCUUCAUCAGUGAGGCUGGUCAAUGGUCAGAACCGCUGCUCUGGCAGAGUGGAGGUCUUCAAUGAUGGACAGUGGGGCACAGUGUGUGAUGAUUUGUGGGACCUGAAUGAUGCCAACGUGGUGUGCAGACAGCUGGGUUGUGGGAGCGCUCGUUCAGCACUACAAAGUGCAGCUUUUGGAGAGGGCAGCGGACCCAUCUGGUUGGAUGAUGUAGACUGUUUUGGAAAUGAACCAUCAAUAACUGACUGCAGACACAACGGGCUUGGAGUCCACAACUGUGGACAUUAUGAAGAUGCCAGCAUCAUCUGUGAAGUCCAACCAGGAAUCAACAGCACAGCAGUCGAGGGCGAGGUCCGCCUGGUUAAUGGAAACAGCUCCUGCUCUGGCAGGGUGGAGAUCUUCCACAGUGGACAGUGGGGCACAGUGUGUGACGAUGCCUGGGGCCUGGUGGAUGCUCGGGUGGUGUGUAGACAGCUGGGCUGUGGUAUGGUCCUCUCAGCACCAACAAACGCACAAUUUGGACAGGGCAAUGGACCCAUCUGGUUGGAUGAAGUCACAUGCAUAGGCACCGAAUCAAAGCUCUCUGAGUGCCGCCACGGAGGGUUUGGAUCUCAUGACUGUGGUCACUCUGAGAAUGCUGGUGUCGUCUGUGAAGCUGCUGUAUCAGUGAGGCUGGUCAACGGUGAGAACCGCUGCUCUGGCAGAGUGGAGGUUUUCAUUGAUGGACAGUGGGGUACAGUGUGUCAUGAUUCCUGGGACCACAAUGAUGCCAGCGUGGUGUGCAGACAGCUGGGCUGUGGCAGGGUCCUUGGAUCACCACCACACGCAUAUUAUGGAGAGGGCAGUGGACCCAUCUGGUUGGAUGAUGUAGGAUGUUUUGGAAAUGAAUCAUCAAUAACUGACUGCAGACACAACGGGCUUGGAGUCCAUGACUGUGUUCACCGUCAUGAUGCCAAUGCUAUAUGUGAAAUCCGGCAGCCUCCACUCCAGCCUUCACAAUUAAUUUGUGGCCGUGAUAAAAUCCAAGUAGGUCUGCAUAUGGGCAACAUGUCAUCCUCUGGUUUGAACUCAUUCUCGGGCAACCUGGCUUCCAGCAACUGUUCCUGGGUCAGAGUUCAUGAUGAUAUUGUUUGGUAUGAAGUGGAGGCUCGGGCAGGUGCCUGUGGGAAUCUCCUGGAGAUCAACAGCACACAUGUCAUCUACUCCAACACUUUAUUCAUCUACCCACUGGAUAAUUUGUCUUUCAUUCUUCCUUUGAGUCUUCCCUUCUCCUGUACUUAUCCCAAGGAUAUAGAUGCCAGUCUGAAUGUAGCUAUCGGGCCACACAAGUUGUCUGGAGGAAUUUCAGGCUCAAGUCCGAAAGCUAGAGCCUCCAUGUCUCUAUUCAGCAACUCAGACUACACUGAGUCUUAUCCACCAGGCCAAGUCUUCCUCCCAGUGGGUUCACCUCUGUAUGUGGGCGUCUCUGUGGAGGACACAGAUCCAGUUUUGGCAGCUGUUCUGGAGGACUGCUACGCCACUCACUCACCAAACCCUGAUGAUCCCACACAAUAUCCUCUCAUCCAGAACAAGUGUCCCACUGACCGCCUAAAGGUGUCAAUAGUUGAGAGUGGCUCAUCCCUCCGAGCUCGUUUCUCUGCUCUGCUCUUCCUGCUCCAGGGUCAAUACAGAGACAUUUAUCUUCACUGCAGCCUCAGCCUGUGCAACCAGAGGAAUUACUACUGUGUACCAUCGUGCACAAGUAGGACACGCCGCUCUGUUUCCAACUCAGCUUCUAUGAAUCCCGUCACCAUUGGACCAAUCACUUGGAAUAAGUCGCCUGCAUGAACUCAUAACAUCCAAUUAUAUCACAAGGACAUUCUAUGAGGGGAUAUUCAUUCUUUU